AUGAACAUCGCGACAGACGAGUUCGGCAAUCCCUUCAUCAUCCUGCGCGAGCAGGAGGAGAAGAAGCGGCUGAAGGGCAUCGAGGCGCACAAGGCCAACAUUUUGGCAGCCUGCGCGGUGGCGGACACGCUCAAGACUUCGCUCGGACCCAAGGGAAUGGACAAAAUCAUCGUCGGACCCGACGGGCAGGUGACCGUCACGAACGACGGCGCCACCAUCCUGAACAAAAUGCAGGUCGAGCACCAGUGUGCGCGCCUGCUCGUGGAGCUCUCUCAGUCUCAGGACGCGGAAAUUGGCGACGGGACGACUGGCGUCGUCAUCUUGGCAGGCAACUUGCUUUCGCAGGCGUACAGGUUGAUUGAGAAGGGUCUGCAUCCCCUGCGCAUCGCCGACGGGUUCGAAAAAGCCAGUCAAAUCGCGGUUCAGCGGCUCCAGGAAGUCGUGCAGAAGAAGGACGUCUACGGCACCGACAAAGAGCUGCUUGUGCACGCGGCCAUGACAGCUCUGGGCAGCAAAGUCGUCAGUAGCCACCAGCGCCACCUGGCGGAGAUCUGCGUUCAGGCCGUCCUCACUGUCGCGGAUCGCGAACGCAACGACGUCAACUUUGACCUCAUCAAGGUUGACGGCAAGGCUGGAGGGCUGCUGGAGCAGACGAUGCUGGUGAACGGCGUCGUUCUGCACAAGGACCUGAGUCACUCGCAGAUGCCGCAUGUGACGGAGAACGCGAAGAUCGCGAUUCUGACCUGCCCGUUCGAGCCCCCCAAGCCGAAGACCAAGCACAAGCUCGACAUCAGAACUGUCGAGGACUACAAGAAGCUCCAGAAGGCUGAGCAACAGUACUUCACCGACAUGAUUCAGAAGGUCAAAGACGCCGGCGCGAACUUCGUCAUUUGCCAGUGGGGAUUCGACGACGAAGCGAAUCACUUGCUUCUUCACGAGAACAUUCCCGCAGUCCGGUGGGUCGGCGGCGUGGAGCUGGAGCUCAUUGCGCUGGCGACUCAGGGCCGCAUCGUCCCGCGGUGGGAGGAACUGACGGAGGCGAAGCUCGGGCACGCGGGCCUUAUCAAGGAAAUCUCCAGCGGCACGAUGGGCGACAAAAUGAUCGUCAUUGAACAGUGCAAAAACAGCAAGGCGGUGACAGUUGUAGUGUAUGGCGGUAAUCAGAUGGUGGUCGCUGAGGCCGAGCGCUGCAUGCACGAUGCGCUGUGCGUGGUGCGGAAUCUGAUCCGCGACCCGCGCGUCGUCGGCGGCGGCGGCUCUGCGGAGCUCGCCGCGGCGAUCGCCGUGGAGAACGAGGCAGACCGCAUCGCGGGCGUGGAGCAGUAUGCCGUUCGCGCGUUCGCCGACGCCCUGACUGGCGUCGUGGAGGCCCUCGCGGAGAACUGCGGCCUCUCUGCCAUCGAGGAAGUCCAGCGCGUCAAGGUCAAGCAACGCACCGAAAAGUAUCCCUACUUCGGCCUCGACUGCAUGCUUAAGGGAACGGAUGACAUGCUGGAGCAGAAUGUCUUGGAAACCUACUCUUCAAAAGCGAACCAAAUUAUGCUCGCCACCCAGGUUGUGAAAAUGAUCUUGAAGAUCGACGACGUCAUUGCACCGAACGACUACCAGUAG